UCCUGGCACCUCAUAGAGUCCUGCACACCUCUCCCUACCCUGUGCCCGAGGUGGGCAGGUCUUAGAUUAACAGAGGCAGACUGCUCCUUCUCUGCCAGACACAGCUCUCAACAGAGCAUCAAGGAGCCAGCAGCCUACAUUAACUCUGAGGACCCCUAUAUAGAGGAGCAUGUGAAAUCAGAGUUCUCCCUGCAAGACUCAAGUGACACCACAGCCUAUGGAGCAAGGGGUCAGGAGGGUCCCAUUACACAGUGACUGGAGAAGGUGACACCAGGACUGCCUGCAGGUGUGAACAGCUGCUCUCUCCCUCAUAGGAAACAAUUGCUCCUCUAGUCAAAAUCAUGAAUUUCCAAGGUUCUCUUCUCCUGUGGUUUUGUUUUCUUCUGCCUCCAGCUCUGUGUCACAUCGAGACCCGUGCCCAUGCAGAAGAGAGAUUACUGAAAAAGCUUUUCCUGGGGUACAACAAGUGGUCCCGUCCUGUUGCCAAUAUAUCUGAUGCGGUUCUUGUGCGUUUUGGUCUUUCCAUUGCUCAACUUAUUGAUGUGGAUGAGAAGAACCAGAUGAUGACAACCAAUGUCUGGGUCAAACAGGAAUGGCAUGACUACAAGCUGCGCUGGGACCCCCUGGAAUAUGAGAACGUCACAUCAAUCCGGAUCCCCUCGGAGUUGAUCUGGAGGCCAGACAUCGUCCUGUAUAACAAUGCUGAUGGAGACUUUGCCGUCACCCACCUGACCAAAGCUCAUCUGUUCCACGAUGGCCGUAUAAAAUGGAUGCCUCCUGCCAUUUACAAGAGUUCUUGCAGCAUUGAUGUCACGUUCUUUCCCUUUGACCAACAGAAUUGCACCAUGAAGUUUGGGUCGUGGACUUACGACAGAGCAAAAAUUGACCUUAUUAGCAUGCACAGCCAUGUUGACCAGCUCGACUACUGGGAGAGCGGAGAAUGGGUCAUCGUAAAUGCUGUUGGCAAUUACAACAUCAAAAAGUAUGAGUGCUGCACAGAAAUCUACUCGGACAUCACAUAUUCUUUCAUCAUUCGGCGGCUUCCUCUGUUCUACACUAUUAACCUCAUCAUCCCAUGCCUUCUCAUCUCCUGCUUGACUGUGCUAGUUUUCUACUUGCCCUCAGAGUGCGGAGAGAAGAUCACAUUGUGUAUUUCAGUGCUGCUUUCCCUGACUGUCUUCCUCCUCCUCAUUACAGAGAUCAUCCCAUCUACUUCUCUGGUCAUCCCGUUGAUUGGCGAAUACCUUCUGUUCACUAUGAUCUUUGUUACGCUGUCUAUUAUUAUCACAGUGUUUGUUCUGAAUGUUCAUCACCGCUCUCCUCGCACACACACCAUGCCGGCUUGGGUACGUAGAAUAUUCUUAGAUGUGGUGCCCCGAGUGCUGUUCAUGAAAAGACCAGCAAAAGAUAACUGCAAGAAGCUGAUAGAGUCAUUGCAUGCUCGAAGACUCAGUCCUCCACCUAGGCUGUGGAACGAGACAGAGAUAGAACCAGCCUUCCAGAGUUCAUCAUCGGCCAGUCCCACCAGUCAAAGACCUUCACCUACAUCCUCAUGCUGUCACCAGUUGGAGCAGACCGCUAACACCCAAGUGAUCUGUAAGUCCCCAUCGGGGCAAUACUCAAUGUUGUGUGAAGAGUCAACCCUGACUAGUUGUCCUUCUCCACAAAAUAAGACUCAUCUUCUUGGAGAACCUCAAACCAACCUAAUGCCAAAAGUACGUUCUGUAAGCGUCCAACAGAUGUACACCCCCAAAGAAACCAAUGAAGGGACAAUUCGUUGUCGCUCAAGGAGCAUACAGUAUUGCUACCUUCAUGAGGAUUCCCCUCAGACCAAUGGUCAGUCCAGCGACUCACCAUUGUCUCAGAGAUGCCAUGUUCAUGAAGGACAGCAAGGGAGUCAAAGUUCCCAAUGUAAAUGCCAGCCCAAAACCCAAGAAAAACCAAGUGGUGCCAGUCAAGUGACCAAAACGAUUAGUGCCAAAGAGCAGCAUGUACUCCUAAUGUCCCCGUCUCUCAAGCUGGCCAUAGAAGGUGUCCACUACAUUGCAGACCACCUGAGAGCAGAGGAUGCAGACUUCUCCGUAAAGCAAGAUUGGAAGUAUGUUGCCAUGGUGAUUGACCGGAUCUUCUUAUGGAUGUUCAUCAUUGUUUGCCUAUUGGGAACCGUUGGACUAUUCCUUCCACCGUGGUUAGCCGGAAUGAUAUAACCACAAGGACCCAGGACAACACACAGACAGGAUUUGCUGACUGUGGUUGGGGACUUUGGACUAGGGUGGGAAUAUAGGGGAGCAUGUAUGCAUGGUGUAUGCAGACAGGCUGGACCGGACUCAAGAACAGACUGAGAUACUUAAGAUUUCAGGCAAAACUAGGACAAAGUGAAGGAGAAGGACCAGAGUGCGAAUGCGUGUGACAGUGUCUGUAGUAUAUAAAUAUUUAAUCUUAUGUCUGACUCGCAUGAGUGAGCUCGGAAAGCUCCUGGGGAUACCCUAGGGCAGAAAACCAUUUCAAAGGCGUUCCUUAUGUCUGUGGCCAGGAAUCCUUCAUUAAAUAUUUGCUGUACACAGCUCACUGCACAAAGCAAUGGUGUAUUCUGACCAUGGGCUAACUCUGCUGUUCUGCAGCAGGUAAGUGAAUAAACAUGAAGGGAACUUUCAA